UGCCGCAGCAUCUGCGACCAGGGCGUGACGACCCUCGUGGCUCGCAUGCCAGGCCUGCGCGUGAUCGACUACUACGGCGACAGUGUGGCCGACAGCCUCGACCGCAGUUGACGCCCCCUCGCGGACAUGGCUGCGCCCGGUGUAAAUGAAUUAGGAGACAUAAUACGAGAACUGAAGAAAAAUAUACCAUGUUCUUUGUCAAGUAUUUUGUCACAAGAUGUAAACCCAGAAUUUAUUUUUUUGAUCCAUGAAGCAGAAGAUGAUUUAGAGAAGUGCAGAAACCCGUCGCUGGUUCUGAGCAGGGCUCAGGCCCUGCUGGAUGCUGUGUGGGAGCAGCUCAACACAGGCCACUGGAGCAAAGUGUCUGCGACAGAGAGACAGGUGUACACCGCUGCUGGACUGAUCAAGAUACAAGCUCUGCUGCAGAUGCAGUUGCACGAAGCGAGCGGUCCUGUCAAGGACGUGUACGAGAGAGCGCUGGAGACUGCAGACCGGAGCCUCCUGCUAGGGGCCCCGCUGCCUGUCAUGGAUGGCCAGAGCAUGCACAGGUGCGCCCAGAUCCUCACCUCCGUGGUCUCCACGCCUGGCACUGCCGCCGAGGGCGUUGGCGCCUGUCGACGGGCUCCGUGGACGUCGGUGGACCAGAUACCUGGCGUUAGCGGAGAGAGCCUGCCUGUCUUGGAUCGACCUUCCAUCGAGAGGUUCAGAACGGAGCAUUUCAGCACUCGGUUGCCGGUUAAACUUACAGGUUGCAUGUCGCACUGGCCGGCGCUGAGCCGCUGGGGUGACAUGGCCUACCUGAGGAGGGUGGCCGGGCCGCGCACGGUCCCCGUGGAGCUGGGGGCUCACUAUGCCGACCCGGACUGGUCCCAGCAGCUGAUGACUGUGUCCCGUUUCAUAGACCAGCACGUCACCGGCGCCGGGCGGCCGCUGGGCUACUUGGCCCAGCAUCCCCUCUUCGAUCAGGUACCAGAGCUGAGGACAGACAUACACGAGCCUGAGUACUGUUGCCUCAGCAACAACUUGCAGGACACGGAUGCUGCAGCCGAGGAGACAGACAUCAACGCUUGGUUUGGACCUGCCGGGACCGUGUCGCCUCUUCACCACGACCCCAAACACAACCUGUUGGCCCAGGUGGUGGGAGAGAAGCGGGUCCUGCUGUACAGCCCCGCGGACUCCCCGCGCCUCUACCCGCACGAGACAACCCUGCUGGGCAACACGGCCCAGGUGGACCCCGAGCAGCCCGACUACAGCAUGUGCCCCGAGUACCGCCACGCCUCGGCCUUGGAGUGCCGCCUGCGUGCCGGGGAGAUGCUGUACAUCCCCCCGCUCUGGUGGCACCACGUCAGGGCCCUGACGACCAGCUUCUCCGUCAGCUUCUGGUGGCAGUAGCCGCACCAGCGACUCCCGGCCAGCAGUGUGGAUCGGGACAUCAUAAACACUCUCACAUUUAUUUAUUUAUUUACGCUAUAAUUUCUUCAGUUCUCAUGUAUAUUAUUGUCAAUUCACACUCAAAUAAUUCUAACUACUGUAUUUUAUUAAACGUUUUCUCACUUCUCGA